AUGGCGCAGGCCCCGAGCGAGGCAGCGGAGUCUCCACAGAAGAGGAGGCCGACCUUUGCUUCCGACUUGGAGGAGCGAUCGCCCGAGAAAGGCAGUGAAGGCGACGAGGGAGAGAGAGCGGAAGGUCCUGAUCGGAUCUUCUCGCCUCGCUUGGGCAUGCCUGCGCCGAUGCGCUUCGACAUCCGGAGGCUCACCGAGCAGUCUGAGGCUUUGUCGACGGACGACGAGGGUAUGCGAUUCCAUCACUUUCUGGCCGUGAAAGGACCUCCCAUCUUCAUCGUGGCAGUGAUGCUGCCGGCUUUCAUGAGGACCUUUGACCUGGAGCCCCAGGCCCGCUGUGGUUUCAUCAUGCUUGGGGUCUUGACCCUGAGCCUCUUCGAGCUGAUGCCCUUGUUCUGCGUAGCCCUCUUCAUCCCGGUCCUGGGGAGCAUCUGCGCGGUCUUCGGCGAGGAUCGCACGAUGCUGACGACGUCCAGACUGCUGCUCGGCAGCUUCUUCAACCAGACGUCCUUCUUGGUAUUGGGCAGUCUGGUCAUCAACGCCGUGUUCGAGAAGUGCGGCCUCCUAGACGUGCUGACCUCUUCUUUGCUCCGGCGCUGGCGCAUGGAGAGCAAGAGCUUCCUCCUGGUGAUCAUGCUCUCUACCAUGGCAGCCUGCUCCGUGUUGGUCUCGGGGUCCAUUGUAGUGCUGGCGGCCCUGAAACCGCUCCUCAUGAAGAGGGGCCCCGGACAGCUGGAGGUGCCCGUGAUCAAGCGCCUACUGCUGGGAGUCGCGUUUGCUGCCAACGCGGGCUCCAUUCUUCUGCCCAUUUCCAGUCCUGUGACGCUCAUCACAGUGAGCCUUUUGCGGGACUUUGCAUGCGCCUCAGGAAUUGGGAGUUGGUUCUUCAUCUCAGCUCCCGUCGUACCUCGGCAGAUCUCAAGACGUCCACAUUUUAACACCACCUACUGCGCACGUCUCCCUCUUGCGCGAGAGAACACGAAGGCCGUCCCCGCCACCGUUGUGCCAGGAACCAAACAGUCCUGGUGGGUCCUCUGCUACUUCUACCCCGCUGAGCACGACGACGAAGAAGCGGUGAUCAAGACGGUGGAGGAGGGCUUGGAGGAGAGCCCUGAGCCCACCUUAUCGCGGCAAGUGAGCCUCAGCCACGCCUCCGAGGUGCAGAUGACCCAGGGCCACUGGUUCAUGCUCGCGUCCUCCUGCCUGGCGGUCCUUGGGAUGACGAUCUUCGCCGAGGCGGAAAGCAGCGGCUUCGCUGUCUCCACCUGUGCUCCACUCCGCUGCCAGGCCUUGGAGCCCGUUUUGGGUCAUCCUGCGAUCCUCGCCCUGGCCGUGGUAGUUCUGGCUUUCGGGAGCGGCUUUCUUUCCCGUGACGAGUUCCUGUGCCUGGAAUGGGAUCUCUUGGCCAUCGUCGGAGGCACCAAUGUGAUGGCCCUCAUGGUGCGGGAAACGGCGCUCGCAGCCAAAGGCUCCGCCAUCAUGACCCAGAUGGGUCUCAUUGGCGGCUUGUCGUUCUGGCCUUUCACGGCGCUGGUGAUCUCGACGCUGAUCGUCUUCGGUACUUUCUGCGGCCAUCAGCUCGCUGGAGUCAUUGCGCUGCCUCUGCUGGUGGCGCUGGGCGUGAAGCUGAAGGCCGCGGAGCUCUUUGCAAUGCUGUGUGCUCUUGCGAUCCCGCUGGGGAUGGGAAUGCCGAGCUGCUCCUUCGACAACAUGGCGGCCCAAAGCCUCUCGCGCAGCUUGAAACGAAAAGGGUCUGAGCUCUUCGUGCGCGACUACCUUUUGAGUGGCAGUGCCACGGCUGUGUGCGGUGCGAUGCUGACGCUGACACUGGGCUUUGGUGUGCGAGACUCAGCCGAAGCCGCCCUUGUGGGGUGCUCCUUUUGCCUCGCGUUCCAGAUCGGCUGCUUGCAGCACGGCUUUCCGAAGCCCCCGAGCGAGGUGCGCCACGAGCGCACGCCGGAGGAGCUGGAGCCGCAGGUCGUCAAGGAGAACCGUGUCCUGGACCUAAAGGCUGUGACCUCAAAGAAGCUCGAUCGCAAGGAAGCGCCGUCUCCUGUCGGGUUCACCGGAAUGAUGUCGCCUCUCUUUUCCGUGCUUGCCUUGCUGUCUCUGCCCCAUCUCGGCCUGGCCACCCGGCCGCUGGAAGACCUGACGCACGCCCUGGACCGCUCGCUGGACUUCGGGAACAGCUCGACCCAUUCGGCUCAGCGGAGUGUGGGGGCCAUGGCCAUGAAUGGUAGCGAGAGCCACCAGAGCGGGAACCGAAGCAACAAUGGCCACCGGGGCCAUCCCGUGGCGGCUGCCAGCAAACCGUCCUCGCUGGCUCAGGCGGAGUACGAGCUCGAGACCGAGCGCCGCGGCGCCUCGGCGAGACUCGAGGACGACGGUGGUCCCCGCCAAAGCAAGGUGAUGCUGAUCUUCGUGGUCUUCCUGGGUCUGGGCUUCUGUGGCUUGGACCACUGUCUGGUGGGGAAUUUCAUUCUGGGAACCUUGAAGCUUCUCACCGUGGGCGGCUUCGGCUUUUGGUUCCUGUUGGACUGGAUGCUCAUCGUCUUCAACUGCGUGAACCAGUAUAGCACUCUCAGUGGCUUCGGCUGGGACGUGGUCUUCACCCCCUGCAGCCUGCCUGCAACACCCGGCCAACGCAGCAUCGAGGACGCUUGCCGCAUCGGCCAGGUGACCUGCCUGCUCCACGCGCCCUUCGUCUUCGCUUUGUUGAAAGCCAAGCUCCAGGGCCGCUCCGUGCAGUCCUCCGUGCAGCAGCCCGCGCAGAGCACGGUGGCCUUCCUGAGGCAGAAGGGCAUCGUCUCAGAGUCCCCGGCUUCUUGGGAGAUCGACCAUGUCUUCGAGGCCUCAGACAAGAACCGCGACGGCUUCGUGACGGCCCAGGAGCUCAAGGAAGGUCUCGCCAGCCUCGGCUGUGAGAUCAGCGACCAGCAGCUGGCGGAGCUUAUGGGGGGCCAGCAAACUCUACGCCGCGCCGAGCUGGCGCAGCUCCUUGCAAAAAAGCAGGACCUCGUUACCAGGAGGCCGUCGAAGCAUGUCGCCUCCUCCUCGGACGAAGGUGUCUCCACUGCACCACAGGACGACACAGCGAAAGCUGACGGCUGA